UGUAUUUUGCGGUGACACCUUUUUGAAAAAUGGCUUCCAAAGAGACGCCGUUGUGCCAGAUUUUCUCAUUCCAAGAUUGUAAAGCGACUCCAGACGCGAUUUAUGAGCUCCCCGCACAGUGUCUGAGCCCCACCCCGGCCCCGAUAGUCAUCGAUAACGGCUCCUUUCAGACCCGGGCCGGCUGGGCGGCUCCGGCAGGGACCGGCGGGGAGCUGGACUCUCCGCGGCUGCUCUUCAGGUCCGUGGCGGCUCGGAGCAGAGGGGCCGCCCGCAGCGAGACUCAGAUCGGGAACGACAUCCCCAACCUGGAGCCGCUGCGGUGGCUGCUCAAGAGCCAGUUCGACCGGAACGUGGUGGUUAACUUCGAGAUCCAGGAGCUGAUCUUCGACUACGUGUUCACACACCUGGGCGUCACUUCGGAGGGCUGCGUGGAACACCCCAUCGUGAUGACAGAGGCGCCCUGCAACCCGCUGCACUGUCGACAGAUGAUGUCAGAGCUGCUGUUUGAAUGCUACCGCGUUCCGUUCGUGUCUUAUGGCGUGGAUGGCUUAUACAGCUUCUACCACAAUAACGUUCAAAGAAGCCUCCAGCCGCCGCACACCGGCAUCGUUCUGUCCUCCGGGUACCACUGCUCACACAUCCUGCCUGUUAUCAACGGCAGGUUGGAUGCUUUCAACUGUAAGCGUGUGAAUGUGGCAGGAAGCCAGGCAGCAUCCUACCUGCAGCGCCUCCUGCAGCUCAAAUACCCAGGUCACCUUGCUGCCAUCACGCUGAGCCGCAUGGAGGAGCUGCUGCACGAGCACAGUUACUCUGCGGUGGAUUAUCACAAAGAGCUUGAAAAGUGGCGUUGCCCGGGCUUUUAUGAGCGAGAAGUUCACCGGAUGCAGCUUCCCUUCUCGGGGAAGCUACCAGGUGGCUGCGUGAGCGUGGAGGAACGGCAGGAACGCCGAGCUCAGCAGCUUCGGCGACUUCAGGAGAUCAACACUCGUCGGCGGGAGGAGAAGCUGCAGCAGGACCAGGAGAGGCUGGAUAGACUUAUGACUGUGCAGGAGCUGUUGGAGGACGGUCUGCUGGACCAGUUCCAUAGAAGUUUAGUGGAGCUCAACAUGGAUUCAGCCGAGGAGCUGCAGUCGUACAUCAACAAGCUGCAGGUUGCUGUCGAACAGAGUCGACAAAAACUGCUGCAGAACGACGGAGCAGAGGGGAAGACAGAGGUGUCGGAGUUGGAGCAGCCGAUGGAUGAGGGAGAUGGAGUGGCGCUGAUGGAGUCAGACUUCCCCGAGGACACGCUGUCAGAAAAAUCUGCUAAUGUUGUCCAGCCUACUUUCAACAUGGCCGAGUACCACCAGCUGUUUGUCGGGACGGAGCGUCUGCGCUGUCCAGAAAUCCUGUUCCAGCCUUCGCUGAUUGGAGAGGACCAGAUGGGGCUGAUGGAGGCGCUGCAGUACGUCCUGGCCAGGUACACAUCUGAGCAGCAGGAGGCGCUGGUGAGCAACGUGUUUCUGACAGGAGGGAACAUGCAGUACCCAGGGAUGAAGGAGCGCAUUGAGAGGGAGCUGCUGGCCAUGAGGCCCUUCCAGUCUCAUUUCAAGGUAACCGUGGCGAGCCGGCUGGCCCUGGACGCCUGGUGCGGAGCACGAGACUGGGCAUUGGAGCAUCCGGCCUCGGUGGGAGCAGAGGGGUGGAUUAGCAGACAGGAUUACGAGGAGAAAGGAGGAGAGUAUCUGAGCGAGCACUGCGCCUCCAACGCCUUCAUCCCCAUGAAGAUCACCAAACCUGUGCCGUGCCGUCCCGCCGAGCCCCCGGUUGCUUUACAGACGCCAACAGGCACCGCUGUUACAUUUGCUCCAGCACCCCCCUCCUCUGUUGUUUCCACAGACGUUACCAUGUGUACCUCCUGACGUAAGCUCUUUGAUCCCUCACCCUGAUGUGCCUGGUAUUUAUUAAUGUCCAGAAAACACUUCAGACUGAAGAGAGGAGUUUUCUGUUUGAGCUCAACAGAUGAAAACCUUGACAGUAACUCAUUUAAUAGAGGCGCAGUAGUGAUUUUGAUCAGGGAGAUAUUAGGGCAACCCACCGCAUUCAGCACUGUCUUUGUUGAUGCCGACAGGGGUCCUUAUGUAUGGAGAGGACUUGAAGCAGUGUGGAAAAUGCCACCAGCAGUCAGUUAAUGUGCCUUAAUGUCCCCAUACAACUCACUACACCGGCAGUGGUUAUUUCUUCUUAACCAUGUGUGUAACAUCAUCCUCGUUAACGGUGGCGAGCUGAGCUCCACCUUCAUUUCAAACAGAACCCAGCAAUGGAGACGGCUGAAGAAACUCAAAUGGAGAAACAAUGGCCAAAUCUCAGCUCGAUGUUUGAGAUUUUAAGACUGAAAAAUAUUUUGUAUCAGUUUAAUUGUCUUAUGUUUUUCUUUUUGAUUAAAUGUCUUAUGUUUUCACCGUGGAUAAACUACAUUUCUGCAUUUAAGAACUCACCACU